UUUAAAGAUCAGCCAGGCUUUAUCUCAGUGUCAACAUUCGUUUUCAAGAGGUCUAUUGUCACACCGAAUUGGCAAGUCCUUUUGUUUGUGCUGUGUCAUUGCUGAGUCGGGAAUGUCAGGUAUGAGAUAAGACCCCGGUUUCAGUGUGCUCCCAUCUGAAACAUAAGGCACUCUUUGGUUUCCGGUGUUAUGAUGACGCUUCUUUUGCACACGGUCUGGCUGAGGAGCUUGUGGUGUUGUGUGCAGAAUAGCCGCUUUGAACGCGCUUACUUUUGAGAGUGGUGCGCGUGUGGAGUCCCGGAUACCAGCAUGAUUGGCAGAUGGCCACGCUUCUGGCCAGUGAUGUCACUGGCACUGUUGUGGGCGUGUUCAAUGGAGGCAGGUUCAGACUGCAGGUCUAUCACCAUAGAGACAGAUGGUGGUGUAGCAGGACAGGUGCAACAGCGCUACCUACAGGCUCUGUUCAAUAAGUAUGGCCAGAAUGGUAGUAUCUCAUUAGAAGGCUUGCACAAUCUUUUAAAGGGGGUGGGGCUGGACCACAUCCGGAAGGUGAUGGUGCAUCACCAUGGAAACGCACACAAUCGUACACACUCACAUGCUCGCACGCAUGCACAUGUGGACAAACUUACCACACAUACACAUCAUGUUACCAGCAAGAAGGUUGAUGACGACCAUAACAUGGAGAAGAUUGACCCUGUCCCGAAAGUGCAAUCUGAUCCUGCCCCUGGGAAGAAGAGUAAAUCAGAUGCACAACACAAUCUUUACAUGAAGAUAAAUCAGGAAUUGACUACACCUUUGACCACGCCGUCAUACAUCACAAAACCACACCGGACAAAUCGUAGCGCUGACUAUGAUUUAAGGCAGGACCAAGCCUCAUUUAAUACGGCCCAGCCUAAUGUAACACACAUUAACCACACCCACCAGUCUGAGGACACACCCACCCAUUUAUACAAUGAUCAUGAUGAGCACGAACACGGCCAUCCCAGUCUAGAGUGUCAAAAUGCCUCCACAAUCCUGCAGUCACAUGGCAUGACAGAGGGAACAGGUCUCUCUGUCAAGGACUUCAGUUAUCUGUGCCCUGCCCUUCUUAUGCAAAUUGAUUCCAAGUCUUGCCUCUUGCAGGAUGAUGACCAAUCAGAUCAUCACCAUCAUCACAACCACCACCAUCAUCAUCAUCACCAUCCACACAAUCACACCAAUGACAGUCCAAGGAUAUCCUCUAUUAAAACUGCAUGGAUCGGAGGCUUUCUCGCCAUCACUUUGAUCAGUUUGCUGGCGUUGGUUGGUGUGGUGUUGAUUCCGCUCAUGAACAGAGUUUGCUUCAAUUUCCUUCUAAGCUUCCUGGUGGCCCUUGCAGUGGGCACUCUCAGUGGAGAUGCUUUCCUCCACCUCAUACCACAUUCACAGGGCCAUCACCAGCACAGCCACUCAGAGCAUCAUAACCAUGGAGAAGAAGAGGAUUCCCUUCGGCCUGUGUGGACAGGGUUGACAGUGCUGAGCGGAGUCUACGUCAUGUUCCUUAUCGAGCACUUCCUGACACUCGGCAAAAUGUAUAAAGACAAAAAACAGAAGGUGCAGAAGAGAGUGGAUCUAACAGCAGAGGUUUUGGAAUCUGAGAAAGUGCCAUCACUGGAGGAAAAUGACGUCAAAGCACUUGAAGCUGCGGAAACAAAUGGUGGCAGUGCAUGUGGGCGUGGCGUGGCAGAGGAAGAGGAAGUGAUGUUGGGGGCGGAGCUCUACACCGACCUGGACUGUGAGAACAAAUGCCACUCCCACUUCCAUGAUACUGUUGGCCAGUCAGAUGAGCAACAUCAUCAUCACCAUGACUACCAUCACAUACUGCAUCACCAUCACUCACAAAACCAUCACCCUCACACACAUUCGCAUAGACACACACAUUCCUACUCGCUACAACACUUUCAGCAGGCUGGUGUGGCCACACUCGCUUGGAUGGUCAUCAUGGGAGAUGGACUUCACAACUUCAGUGAUGGACUUGCCAUAGGCGCAGCAUUUACAGAAGGGUUGUCCAGUGGUCUUAGUACCUCAGUCGCUGUAUUCUGCCAUGAGCUUCCUCAUGAGCUGGGUGAUUUUGCAGUCUUGCUGAAGGCUGGUAUGUCGGUACGACAGGCCAUUCUGUACAAUCUACUGUCGGCCCUAAUGGGAUAUCUGGGCAUGAUCACAGGUAUUCUGAUUGGUCAUUAUGCAGAGAAUGUUGCCAUGUGGAUCUUUGCUCUCACAGCUGGAUUAUUUAUGUACGUCGCCCUAGUUGACAUGGUACCUGAGAUGUUACACAAUGAUGCAAGUGAAGCAGGCUUCAGUCAUUAUGGCUUCUUCCUCCUGCAGAAUGCUGGGAUACUCCUGGGCUUCAGCAUCAUGCUUGUCAUCGCUGUUUUUGAACACAGGAUACAACUCGACAUUGGUUUCUGACCCCAAGACUGUACAGUCAUAACUUCAGUCAUUUUUUCAAGCAUAAGGACAUCACUCCAUAUAAAUGCUGCUCUGUGAUAAGUAACCCUUAACUUCAACCACCCAUCUGUUGACAUGCCCGUCCAUCUGUUGAUAUGCCUGUGAUCUUGUGUCGUCUGAACAGGUGGAAGCAGCUCUGUAUUUACAAGCAAUUUUCAUCUUAUUUGUGGCUUGUUUGGGGAUAAACAGUAUUUAAAAGUAUUGACUGUUACAAUUUCAGUGUAAAAGAGAAACUUGUGGACAUUGUAGGUUUUUUAUGUUGAUUUUUUUACUCAAGUGUUUGUUGGUACACAGUGUUGUACAGUAGUUUCUGAGGUGGUGAAUGUGUUCAUUUUGCACAUGCUGUCCUACCAACAUUUCAGUAAAAGUGUCCCAUGAUAAACUUGGGUCUGAUUCCUGGUGUCUUUGUAUUAGUUGCUCUGACUAAUCUCUGCUUGAUUCAGUCAAUGAGAGUAUUAGCAUGCAUGUUAUUGGGUUGGGAACAGGGUCCAAAAUUUACUUUUUGCCGCCUCAGUUGAUAGUGGAUGAAAUGAGAAUGUACUGGUCAUAAAUAUGCCUUGCCAGCCAUGAAACUGUGCAUUUGUAUAAUUACUACUGCUACUUUGGGGCUUUAUUGCUGACAUGUCUGACAUUCUGUUUUAUUAAAAACAAAUAAUGUUUUUGGAUUUAUUAAACAGUUUAUUCCUUUCAUAUUUGAGACAAACAUCAUAGGUAAUUUGUCUCUCAAGAUGCUAGUCUCUCUGUGAAACCGCACCUGUCAUUGAACAAACAUCAGGAAUUUUGCUCUUAUUUUCGUUUUUGUGGAUAAAUAUUGGCAAUAUUCCACGUGUCGCCACAUUGAGUUCUGGGGUAAAAAGGGCAUCCUACAUAAACUUUUGAUGGUAAAUAUUUCACUGGGUAAAAAAGCUGACGAGAAAGCUCGCGUUUUCUUUAGCAGACAGUUUGGUUUGAACCGUGCACGUCACUUACAUCAGCAAGGGUGAGAUUACCGUUCUUACAGUUAGUUUUACACAGUUUUACUCACAUUUGGAAAGUUGGGGUUGGCAAAUGUUAAUUUUGGAUCCUGGUUGGGAAUAAUGGAUUUUUGGAUAAGAAUACCAAAGUACCUACACUGUAAAACUCGGUUCUAAAAAUAAUGAACACCGUCACUUAGAGGUGCUUUAAGUGUUUUUUUUUU